AAAGCAUCGCCAAACGCAAAGCAAGUACCCGCUCCCGUUCCCAUCUACGUUCCUGUUCCCAUUCCCAUUCCAAUUUCCGUUCAAACUUUCACCGAUCGUCGAGACACUAUCACAGCAGUGAGCAUUGAUUGACAGGAGUCGAGUAGAUGGCAACAACAUCUAAAUGGAGAAGACGACGUGGCGGUGGCGCACAGUCGCUCGAUCGAAAUCUGAGUCGGAGAAUCAGAGGAUUCCUGUCCAGGAGGUUUAUCUUCAGAUCCGUUCUCGUAUUUCUCGCAGUCAUCGCCAUCCUCCCCCCUGUUUAUUUCCACUUCAAACUUCGACGUAUCCAUCAGGCACAGUUAAAAAAGUGCAGUUGGUUAAAUAAACCUCCCCUUGUGUGUGCUCAUGGUGGUGAUUCCUCAAAGGCCUUUCCUAAUACAAUGGAUGCUUAUCGUAUUGCUAUUCGUUCUCAAGUAGACUGCAUUGAGAUUGAUGUUUCUCGUUCAGCUGAUGGGGUUUUAUUUGCUCUUCAUGAUAGGCAGGGAUUUGCAGCGAAUUUCUGGGAACACUUCAUCCAUGGUUGGACACCUGAGUGCAAAGGAGUUUGUUACUGCAGAUAA